AUGGCGGCGACAGUACUGCAGUCAGUGGCGACACAUCCACCCAGCUCGAAGGCAACAACUGUGCGGGAGGUCGAGGUGUAUAAUGACGAACUGGACUUGGAGACAAGGGAAGCACGUACCGUGGACGAAUUGAUUAAGCUUCGUUCUGUUCAGAAAGGCUGCAAUGAACCAAUCAUCUCCUACCCGAAGUCUGGAACCAACUAUGUCGACUGUACGCCGAAACAAUUAGAUGAACUGGUUGAGCAAGCAGCUUGUAUCUACUCCGCAACGGUGCCGCAAAGGAUAUCUUCAGAGGAUCCGGUCCAAGUGGUCGGUAUGCUCGGCGACUCAGACUUGAGCUACCUUGUAUCCCUUCUAGCAGUAUCUCGACUGGGUCACACAGCCCUACUGCUUUCAACUCGGAUCACAGACGAAGCAUACGAGAGUCUGCUGUCCACGACACGAGCUACUGCUUUGCUCUACCGCGCCUCGUUCCAGACAGCCGCAACGACAGUGAUCGCGAAACUGCCGGGUCUCAAGACAGCACAUAUCAUCGAUACAUCGACUCUGAGCACGAAAUCUGCGAGACUAGCACUCUCGAUCCUUGAUCCAAAGCGUGAGACUAAGAAUCGCUCAUUUAUCAUUCACUCGAGUGGCUCUACAGGAUUGCCGAAACCAAUCUUUCAGACUCACAGCGCUUCGCUGUACACCUACUCACAGCACUUCGGCCUGGUUGGAUAUCUUACACUUCCCCUCUACCACAAUCAUGGCAUCUGCUGUACCUUCCGAGCCAUUCACUCGCGGCGAAAGAUCUACCUCUCCAAUGCCAAACUUCCUUUGGCCACGAAGCAUCUCUUGGCGACCUUCAGGGAGCAUUCGGACAUCAGAAUCUUCUAUGGUGUACCCUACGCAUUGAAGCUUCUUGCAGAGACGGAAGAAGGCAUUCAGCUUCUGACGCGACUUGACAUCGUCAUGUUCGGUGGCUCGGCCUGUCCAAAACCGAUCGGAGACAGCUUAGUCGAAGGUGGAGUGCACUUAGUUGGCCAUUACGGAGCCACAGAAGUAGGCCAGCUCAUGACCUCUUUCCGGGAUUUCAGUAACGAUAAGGAAUGGGACUGGCUACGAGUGCCAGAGCGACUGCUCCCGUAUCUGAGCAUGGAGCUGCGAGGUCCCAAUUUAUACGAGCUUUGUGUCAAUCAAGGCUGGGGAUCCAAGGUUGCGACCAAUCGAGACGAUGGGUCCUAUGCGACCAAAGAUCUCUUCGAGCCACAUCCAAGCAAACCCAACACUUGGCGAUACUACGCGCGAUUGGAUGACACGAUUGUGCUUGAGAAUGGCGAGAAGGCAAAUCCCUUGCUCGUCGAGGGAGUGCUUCGCCAGAACAAGAAUGUUGCAGAAGCUGUGGUGUUCGGAGCCAACAAGCCACGACUUGGAGCUUUCUUGAUCCCGAAGGAGGAAGUGACGCUUUCAAGCAAGGAAAUCAUCGACUCGCUCACGCCGGCGAUCGCAGACAUGAACAAGAAUUUGCCGGCCUAUGCCAAGCUCUCUCGGGACAUGAUCAGGGUGCUUCCAGCAGAAACAGAGUAUCGUCGUACUGACAAGGGCACUGUGAUCCGCGCGGCGUUCUAUCGCGACUUUGCUCCGCAGAUCGAUGCCAUGUAUGUCGACGAGAAAGGCGGAUCGUUGCGGCUAACUAGGGACGAGCUUCUGGCGUUCCUGAGAGCAGAACUCGUUUCGAAGCUCGCUGCAAAAGGAGAGCUUUCUUUCGGCAAUGACACCGAUCUCUUCUCACUCGGUGUUGAUUCACUGCAGGCUAUCCAGAUUCGCAGUCACAUCCUCAAGCACAUUGACCUAGGAGGCCAAGAGCUCGGACGAAAUUUUGUCUUCGACUUUCCGACUUUGAAUAGAAUGGCAGACGAAGUUCUCCGGCUCCAGACUGGAAAACCUGCAUUGGCGCAAGUGAGCGUUGAAGAUCGCAUGGCAGCGAUGGUGGAGAAGUAUGGCACAUUUGAGAGCCAUGUACCCAUGGAGCGUCAAGCGGAUGGCGAGUUCGCACUUGUCACGGGUGCAACUGGCUCUCUUGGUGCCCACCUCGUCGCACGUCUGGCUUCACAGAAAUCAACGCGGAAGGUUUAUUGUCUUGUACGAGCAUCUGACACUUCUUCAGCGACAGCUCGUGUGGAAGAGUCUCUUCGAGCCCGUCGUGUGUUCGAAAGUCUCUCUCUGGAAGCACUUCAGAAGAUCGUCGCCUUCCCAUCGGACUUUGCUGACGCUCAUCUUGGGCUUAAUGACGAGACUUUCAACGAAAUGGCGUCAAACAUCACUCAUCUCUUCCACUUGGCGUGGUCUGUCAACUUCAACAAAGGUCUUGAAAGCUUCGAAGCCGAUUGUGUCGCUGGCACUCGGAAUCUGAUCAACAUUUGCUUGAAAGUAAAGCGGCCGGAACCUGCUUCCUUCAAUUUCUGCUCUUCAGUGAGCGCCACCGCACGUACAUCAGGAGGCGUUGUACCGGAAGCCCUCGCAGAAUCACUUGGCGUUGCUCAAGGCAUGGGCUAUGCGCAAUCGAAGCUUGUGACUGAGAACAUCUGCGACCGAGCGGCAAAGCAGACUGGUCUCAAAGCUCGCGUACUGCGAGUUGGUCAAGUCAUUGGCGAUACUCAAAAUGGUGUAUGGAACGCUACUGAAGCGAUACCCAUGAUCCUGCAGACUGCCAAGACUGUUGGAGCCCUGCCAACACUUGAUGAGCGACCAUCAUGGCUCACAGUCGAUACCGUCGCCCAGGCGUUCAUUGACAUUAGCACGUCAGGCGCAGACGCAACUUUCGUCAACGUCGUGAAUCACAAUACCUUCCAUUGGACGAAAGACUUUCUCCCCUUGCUAAAGCAAGCAGGUGUGGACUUUGAAGCUGUUGAUCCGAGAGAGUGGCUCACACGACUGAGAUCCUCAGACCCUGAUCCAGAGAAAAACCCUCCAAUCAAGCUUGUUGACUUCUUUGCUAGCAAGUAUGAUACUGACGCUGCGCGCCCCUCGCUGGAAUAUAAGACAGAUGUGGCGAGGAAGUGGUCCCCUGCUCUCGAAGACGCUGGCGUUAUCGAUGCAGAGCUUGUUGGAAAGAUCGUGGCAUAUAUGCGGAGCAUUGGGACCUUAUAG